AUGAAAACCCUUGAAGAGGCUGAACUCUGCUUUCCACAGCUCCGCAACUCCUCCUGCAGGAAGACCAUGCGUCCUUACUCAGUAUCCAUGAUCCUUUACAUUAUUCUGUCCUGCAUCUCUCUGCUCACUGUGAUCCUCAACCUGCUGGUCAUCAUCUCCAUCUCACACUUCAAGCAGCUCCACACGCCCACCAACCUCCUCCUCCUGUCUCUGGCUGUGUCCGAUUGCUUUGUGGGCCUCCUCGUAGUCUUUCAGAUUCUGCUCUUAGACGGCUGCUGGUAUUUUGGUGAACUCACGUGUGUCCUAUAUUACAUUUUUGAUUAUGUGAUUACAUCUGCCUCGAUAGGAACCAUGGUGCUCAUUUCAAUCGACCGCUUUGUGGCCAUUUGUUAUCCUCUGCAUUAUCUCAGCAAAGCCACGCAGCAAAGAACAAAGAUCUGUGUUUCACUGUGUUGGAUGUGUGCUGCUCUCUGUCACUGUCUGAUACUGAAAGAUAACCUGAAACAGCCGGGCAGGUAUAGUUCCUGUGCUGGAGAGUGUGUGGUGGUUCUACAUCAUGUUGCUGGAUCUGUAGACCUUUUUCUGUCCUUCGUUGGCCCCGUCACUGUCAUUGUAGUCCUGUACGUGAGAGUAUUUGUGGUUGCCGUGUCUCAGGCUCGUGCGAUGCGCUCUGACGUUACAGCUUUCACUCUGCAGGGCUCAGUGAAUGCCACUGUUAAGAAAUCCGAGCUGAAAGCAGCCACGACUCUCGGCGUUGUUAUAGUCGUGUUUCUAAUAUGUCUGUGCCCAUAUUUUUGUGCUACACUAACGGGACAGGAUGUGUUGCUCAAUAGCUCAUCAAUGGCCUUUGUGAUUUGUCUGUUCUACUUCAACUCCCUUCUCAACCCCCUGAUCUACGGCCUUUUCUACCCCUGGUUCAGGAAAUCUAUCAAACUAAUCAUCACAUUUCAGAUACUGAGGUCUGGCUCCUGUGAUGCUCAAAUAAUGUAG